GCAGAAGCCUCACUCAAUAGGGCCAUUGAUGGGCAGCGCUCUGGGAGGCUCGUGGCGCAAAGAGCAUUGUCUGUGUGACUUGCCAAAGACAGGACUGAGGAGGAAAGACGGCAUCCAGGGCAGAUCCGUGUCGGAGAAGGGACAGGAACCGGACUCCCCGUGCCCCGUUGGCCUUCUCUCCUCGUCGGGGCAAAGGAAGAAAAGCGGCCACGGCCUCCUCUGCUGCGCACCUCUCUCUCUCCGUGGUUUAAUGAUUGACUAGCCAAUUGGGCGAAUAAAUCCCCAGAGCCACGGCGUGUUCAAAGCCAUUUCUUGCUCAGCGUGCUUCUUUCCCGCAGCCAUGGCCAAGGGCUUCUUCAUCAGCAAGACUCUGGGCAUCGUGGGCAUCGUGCUGGGAGUGGCCGCAGUGGCCACCAUCAUCGCCCUCUCGGUGGUCUACUCGGAGGAGAAGCAAAAGAAUGCUUCGCUGUCCAGCGUGGCUACCACAACUAGGCCCACAGUGACAACAACGACGUCGACCGCCGGGACCACAACCACAACUACAACUACAACCACAACCACAAAAAUCCCCGAAACAAGCCCUACCACAUCCAGCCCAAGUUAUCCUUGGAACGAACUGCGGCUGCCGGACACCUUGGAACCGAUUAACUACACGGUCACCCUGCGGCCUUUCCUGACCCCGGAUGACCGGGGUCUCUACGUCUUCCAGGGGAACAGCACGGUCCGGUUUGUGUGCCUCAAGCCCACCGACUUGAUCCUCAUCCACAGCAAGAAGCUCAACUACACGGACCAGGCGGGGUUCCUGGUCUCCCUGAGCGGCGUGGACGGUGCCACGGUGCCCGCCAUCGUCGCGACCCGGACGCAGGAGGACACCGAGUACCUGGUGGUGCAGCUGGCGGGGAAUCUCCAGGAGGGCCAGUCGUACGAGAUGCUCACCAUCUUCACCGGGGAACUGGCCGACGACCUGGCCGGCUUCUACCGCAGCGAGUACCAGGAGGACGGCAAGGCCAGGGUGGUGGCCACCACGCAGAUGCAGGCGGCCGAUGCCCGGAAGGCCUUCCCUUGCUUUGACGAACCUGCCAAGAAGGCCACCUUCUCCGUGGUCUUGAUCCACCCUUCCGACCACGUGGCGCUCUCCAACAUGCCAGUCUCCGAUACGAAGCAGAUGACCCUGGAGGACGGCCAGUCGUGGAACAGGACCGAGUUCCUCCCGACCCUCAAAAUGUCCACCUACCUGCUCGCUUUCAUCGUCAGUCAAUUUGAGUCGGUGGAGGCUGACCAGAACGGCACCCAGAUCCGGAUCUGGGGCCGCCCCAAGGCCAUUGCGGAGGGACAAGGCGACUACGCCCUCAACGUCACGGGCCCCAUCCUCAGCUUCUUUGAGAAGCACUACAACACGACCUACCCGCUGCAGAAGUCAGACCAGGUGGCCCUCCCCGACUUCAACGCCGGCGCCAUGGAGAACUGGGGUCUGGUGACCUACCGGGAGAGCGCCCUGCUCUUUGACGACAACUUUUCCUCCAUCGGCAACAAGGAGCGGGUGCUGACCGUCAUCGCUCACGAACUCGCCCACCAGUGGUUCGGGAACCUGGUGACUCUCCGCUGGUGGAACGAUCUGUGGCUGAACGAGGGCUUUGCGUCCUACGUGGAAUACCUGGGGGCGAAUGCUGCCGAGCCCACUUGGAAUAUUAAAGACCUGAUGGUGAGCAACGAAGUGUACCGGGUGAUGGCCAUUGACGCGCUGGUCUCCUCGCACCCGCUGUCCUUCAACGAGUCGGAGAUCAACAGCCCGGCUCAGAUCAGCGAAGUCUUUGACGCCAUCGCCUACAGCAAGGGAGCCUCGGUGCUGAGGAUGCUCUCCGAAUUCCUCACAGAGGACCGCUUCAAAAAAGGGCUGCAGUCGUACCUCCACACCUAUGCCUAUGGAAACACCGUCUACAGCAACCUCUGGGAACACCUGCAGAAGGCGGUGGACGAGGACGGGUUCAGCAGCAGCCUCCCGGGCUCCAUCCAGGCCAUCAUGGACACCUGGACUCUGCAGAUGGGCUUCCCAGUGCUGACCGUGGACACGGCCACCGGGCAGGUCACCCAACAGCACUUCCUUCUGGGCAACUCCUCCGUCCAGCGGCCCUCGCCCUUCGGCUACACCUGGAUCGUGCCCGUCACCUGGAUGACCUCUGAGGGCCAAGGAGACCUGCUCUGGCUCACCCAAACAACAGCGAAUGUGCCUGACUUUACUGCAACCGGAACCCCAAACAAGUGGCUGCUGCUCAACCUUAACGUUACUGGAUAUUUCCGUGUGAACUAUGACCAGGGAAACUGGGACCGGCUGAUGGAGCAGCUGAGCAACAACCAUACGGGAAUCCCAGUCCUCAACCGGGCUCAGCUGAUUGACGAUGCCUUCAACCUGGCCAGAGCGGGGCAGGUCAGCACCAUCCUGGCCCUCGACACAACGCGCUACCUGGCCAACGAGACCGACUACCUGCCUUGGGAUGCCGCCCUCAGCAACCUGGGCUACUUCAGGCUCAUGUUUGACCGUUCGGAUGUCUACGGGCCCAUGAGGAAAUACAUCCAGAAACAGAUCACCCCUCUCUUCAAUCAUUUCAAGGACGUCACCUCCAACUGGACCACCAUCCCCUCCAGCCUCAUGGAUCAGUACAACGAGAUCUCGGCCAUCAGCACCGCCUGCUCCUACGCCAUCCCCGAAUGCCAGGAACUGGCCACCGGCCUCUUCAACGCUUGGAGAGAAAACCCGGCGGCCAACCCGAUCGCACCCAACCUGCGCUCCAGCAUCUACUGCAGUGCCAUCCGGACAGGGGACGAGGCGGCCUGGGACUUUGCCUGGCAGAUGUUCCGCAACGCCACCGUGGUCUCCGAGGCUGACAAGCUCCGCAGCGCCUUGGCCUGCAGCCAGGAGACCUGGAUCCUCCAGAGGUACCUACAGUACACGCUGAGCGACCAGAUCCGCCGGCAGGAUGCCACCUCCACCAUCACCAGCAUCGCCAGCAACGUGGUUGGGCAGACCCUGGUAUGGGACUUUGUCCGUGCCAAUUGGAAGACCCUCUUCGAGCAGUACGGCGGAGGCUCUUUCUCCUUCUCCAGCCUCAUCCAAGGAGUAACGCAGAGGUUUGCCUCUGAAUUUGAACUCCAGCAGCUGGAGCAGUUCAAGGCGGACAACGCGGAGGUGGGCUUUGGCUCGGGGACGAGGGCCCUGGAACAGGCGCUGGAGAAGACCAAGGCCAACAUCGCCUGGGUGGCCGAGAACAGGGAGCCCAUCCGGAAGUGGUUCGAGGAGGCCACCCAGUAGGGACCCCUCCCCAUAUGUCUCUCUCUCUGUUUCCCUGCUUCUCUCUCUGAGUGUCAAGUGUGUGUGUGGAUGGGUGACGAUGCUGUCCACGUCCAGCUGCAUCUUGCAAGGCCCUGCGCACGGUCUGUGGGUUCAGCACCUCUUCCUCUCCGUCCGUCAGCCCACGGAUCUUUGGACAACGAGGCCCCAUGUGCCCCCCCCCCCAGCACCCAUACUUGCUCCCAUGAUGCUUCACAGGGCAUUGUGCCCCCUCCCCGCCUCUCCCCCACACACUCUGCAUUGCCACGGGCCUUCUCUUCUUGCACUUGUCUCAGGUCUUCAGGGGAAGGUGGGGAAGAAGGGGGGAAAGCCCCCCCAUUGUGAUAUUCCCCACCCCCACCCCGUUACACUCCGUGCCAUCCAUGUCACUUUGUAACCCCGACUUUGUAAAUUAAAAGACUUUUCUCCCUGA